AUGGAGCAAGUCAAUUUUCAACCUACCAACAUGAAUUCCGAACGCUACAACUCAUCCUCGGCGGCUCCGGCCCCUGAGUUCCACCCACUUGUAAGGCUCGGCAAUCUCAGCCGCAUCGAUGGAACGCCAAUUGAAUUCGAUAUCGUUGGCGUACACACCAAAGGCUUUAAAAACUCCGCGGGGGAAUGGUCCUGUUACAGGCGCAACUAUUUCUCCUGCACCGGUUCAUACACGCUGAAUCCUCCUCAACCGCAAAGCACUACGAUCCAAUUUUUAAAUAUUUCAGAACGGGUGCAUAGCGUAUCGGGAUUCGCCAUCAGCUUUUCGGUCGUAAAGGCCGGCGAAAAGCGGCCGAUACAGUUUGUUCAAUAUACAGCCAAAAGGGACAAAGGCCCGGUUUUAAUCCCCGGAAAAAUCCGCCUGGAACCGAUGCCUGCACAGCCGCAGAUUUCAAACGCCUGGGUUUACAUGGUCCAACACACGUUCGAACGCCUGCAGUUUAAACGCGCCACGCCCAACAAUGGGAACCGACCUGCCCCUCAAAAUUACUACCACCUCGAGAUUGAAUUUUGGGUUGACGUUGGUAACGACCAAGACGAGGAGUGGAUCAAGAUUGGCUACAGACGGUCGGUCAGGUUGAUUGUGCGUGGGCGAUCACCGGGUCAUUACAACAACACGGGCCAAUCCAUGUCUGGGGUACCCGAGGGCCGCAGUGGUUACGGGAGGUGGUACGGCUGUGCCAAUAAAGUCUUCCGGAUUCACACUGGGCGGGGGCGUGAUAUAUUCUUCAAACUACACGGGAUAUGGCAGAUUGUUUUGAUUCCCGGGACAAGUCUUGGGUGUGAUAAGUCGGCCAACCGAGGGGGUGAGCAGUGUCCAGUUGACAUGAUGGAAACCAGGGUAUUGAACAAGGACCGUCCGAUCGCCACAUGUCCUAAGGGAGUUCUGAAUCUCGGCCAAGCUGCUGUACUGGUUUCGCAGAGCAGGACCGAGCUCUCCCUGCAGCCGCUGCAGCAAGCCGCUGAAAGAGUGGUUUUGCUCGUCCUCAAAACGGAAUUCGACAAACCAGAAGAUGGAUCAAGCUGCCGAUCAUGUCUUGCACACCAACAAUUCGCCGGCUCGUCACGACCCGAGGCCAAAUAUUCAAAGCAGACGUCUCCGGUCUGCGUGUAG